GUUGAAUACUGCUGCAAUUAAUGGAGUUUUGAUUCUCUCUCCCUCUCUCUCUCUUGUUUGAACGGAAGCUAAAAGAGGGAGGGGAAGAUUGAAGGAGAACAAAUUUCUGUCUAUUUUUUCUCAGAAUCUUCUGUUGAACGGAGAGGUUAUAUCAUCUGGAUUUGCCUUUUCGGAUUUUUGCAUGCUGCAUUGAUGGUUGAAUAUUUUUCUUCUUCAACUGCUUUGAUGAGGUCGGGGAGAAUAUUGACAUGCGAAACUACAUAUCAUAUCUGUGUUCUGAAGGGGAUUGCUAAGUGCAUACCUCAAGCCGAGCAGGAGAAGAACUUAUUUCGCAGCACUUAUAAGGUGAUUUAGUUUGGUAGGGAGAUGGAUGAAGAGGCAAACUCUUGGAUAAGGAGAACAAAGUAUUCUCACACUGUUUGCCAUAGGGUAAAUUCAGCCAGAAUGGCCUCUCUUCCCGUUACCAUUCAGCGAGGGCGAAAUCCAAGUCUUAAAUCAAGGCCUCCUGUUGCAGAAAACCUACGCGAUCCUACCACUAGCAAGCAGAGGGCGUCAUCUCCUCUUCCUGAGAUGAAACUUUCUGAGGCCUUUAAGGAAGCUCAUUCUAGUCAGAAGAGAUUCUCAACACCUCAUCCAAGGUGGAAGGAACAAAAAGUAUGUUCUAAUUCCCCAUUAAUUACUGGUCACCUUCACCAUCCGCCAUCAAGUAGGUUCCACGAUAAAACAAAAGGCAGAAAGGAAUCCAGUUGGACUAGGUACUUUGAUCACGGCGGUGGAAAAGUUACCUCAGUAGGUUCAGCAGAGGAUUUCAUGAUUGAUCUUUCUAAGCUUUUCAUUGGGCAUAAAUUUGCUCAUGGAGCACAUAGUCAGCUUUACCAUGGGAUAUACCAUGGCAAACCUGUUGCAGUGAAAAUCAUUCGAGUGCCAGAUGAUGAGGAUAACUGUGAUUUAGCAUAUCGGUUGGAAAAUCAGUUUAACCGGGAAGUUACGUUACUGUCCCGUCUCCACCAUGAUAAUGUUAUAAAGGUUAUGAUCUGCACUGGAUUUAAAUGCUUAAUGCAUCUAUUUGCACAUUGUUUACUGUUUUUGUUGUCCUAUUUUACAUUCAUCUCAUGGCAGAUUUCUUCAUCCCCUCUACAAGUUACUUGGAUUUGCUGCCUAUACAGAUUAAUGCCCUGUUUGGUAGUUUUAAAUGAAUAAAUGACUUAUUCAGCGUAAUUGAAGCAGAAUUUUAGCCUUUUACAUACUCAUUUUGCUAAAAUUGAUUUUACUAAACACUUUUUGUUUCAGAAAUUUCGUUAUAUUCAGCCAAAAAACCCUUGGCAAAUGGGCCCUAACACCGAGAACUGUAUUUCUCAAAAACUUUUCUGGUUGGUGUCUAAUUGUUUGUUGGUGCAGUUCAUAGGUGCAUGCAAAAAACCAUUGGUGUUCUGCAUUGUCACAGAAUAUCUACCAGAAGGCUCUUUGAGAGGAUUCCUACACAAGCUUGAGCACAAAGCUCCACCCUUACAAAAACUGGUUUUGAUGGCAUUGGAUAUUGCAAGAGGGAUGGAAUUUGUUCAUUCUCAAGGUAUCAUUCAUAGGGAUCUCAAACCAGAGAAUAUACUUAUUGAUGAGAAGUUUCAUUUGAAAGUAGCUGAUUUUGGAAUAGCCUGUGAAGAGGCAUAUUGUGAUUUCCUUGUUGAUGAUCCGGGCACUUACCGUUGGAUGGCUCCUGAGAUGAUAAAACGCAAGUCAUAUGAUCGGAAGGUUGAUGUGUAUGGUUUUGGACUCAUUUUGUGGGAAAUGGUGACUGGGUACAUCCCUUACGAAGACAUGAUUCCAGUUCAAGCUGCUUUCGCUGUAAUCAACAAGAAUAUGAGACCAACUAUUCCGGUGGACUGCCCCUCUGCCAUGAAAGCUUUGAUUGAACACUGUUGGUCUUCACAACCAGAGAAUAGGCCUGAGUUUUGGCAGAUUGUUAAGAUUUUAGAGCAGUUUGAAUCUUCGCUUGCUAACGAUGGGACCUUGAACCUAGUGCAUGGCGUAACAUUUCGAGAUCAUAAAAAAGGGCUUCUUCAUUGGAUACAGAAGCUUGGUCCUGUGCAUUCAGAUUCUUUUUACAUUCCAAAGCCUAAAUUUGCUUGAUCUUUUUUGGAUGACCUGGGAUAUUAUUAGUUUCUCCAGGCAUCAUUGUAAUAAAAAAUAGUUCUCAUGUGUCAAGCUGUUUUUCUUUUUUUUAAUUCUUGUAUAUCCCUUAUCUGCUCUAUGUAAUGUGAAUUGUUAGUAGUCCCACAUUCAAGUUUAUAUCGUG